CUGACGACUAAAAUAAAAAUUGCUAACGAUAAUUAACAUGGCAAUUUUCUCAUAAUGUUUGGCUUUCGGACACGUGUUAUUAAUUCGAUACGUUUUCUACGUUUCUCGAUUGAUUUUUUCGAUUAAGCCGAUCUAUACUACAAGGGUGAAAUAAGACCGUGUGCAUGUGAGGGGUCAACGCUGAUCCGUCAGGCAACUUUGAAUUUUCGCGCUCAGCAAAGCGAGGUGGUCGGUUCGGCUGCAUUGAGCCGCCUAUAAAAAUUCAACCAUCUUUGGUCGCUCCUUGCUCAGCUUCUGUCGGUGUGAAAUCGUUUUUCGUUAGCAACUGGGCCUCGUAGCCUAUUCAAGACGUGUGUUUGUGUGUUGUAGGGCCGUUACGUUGAAGUGUUCUAUAUGAGAGUUGUGGAGUGCGAUUGCCGGUAGCCUAGUCAACGUGCACAAUCCGGCUGGAAUAGUAGUUGUAGCCGUAGAAAGUAGAAAUGGCCAACGGUGGCUGUGUGGUAUGGCAGCCCGCGGAGCAGGGUCUCCAACAGAUCCUGCAGCUACUGAAGGAGUCGCAGAGUCCCGACACAACGAUACAGCGUACAGUACAGCAGAAACUUGAAGAUCUGAACAAAUAUCCAGAUUUCAACAAUUAUCUGAUCUUCGUCCUAACGAAACUUAAAACAGAAGAAGACCCUACGCGUUCAUUGUCGGGACUUAUCCUUAAGAAUAAUGUCCGAGCACAUUUUGACAAAUUUCCGCCUGAGGUGUCUGAGUUCAUCAAAUCGGAGCUUUUGGGAUGCCUGGGUGAUCCCUCAGCGUUAAUUCGCGCCACUGUCGGAAUUCUCAUCACGACAAUCGCAUCUCGAGGUGGACUGUCUCGAUGGCCUAAGCUUUUGCCCUCACUGUGCGUUUUGCUCGACAGUGAGGACUACAACGUUUGCGAGGGAGCUUUCGGUGCUUUGAAGAACAUCUGCGAGGACAGUGCGGAGCAACUGGAUUCGGACGCUUUGCAACGACCCCUCAAUCACAUGAUACCUAAGUUUUUGCACUUUUUCCAACACAGCUCGGCCAGGAUCCGGGCACAUGCCGUAGCCUGUGUCAACCAGUUCAUCCUUAGCAUGCCGCAGGCGCUUACACUCCACAUUGACACUUUUAUCGAGGGCCUGUUCCGACUUGCUAGGGAUGAUGACAAGGAUGUGCGCAAGAACGUGUGCCACGCACUGGUAAUGCUUCUCGAAGUGCGCGUCGAUCGUCUCCUGCCGCAUAUGGGCCACAUUAUCGAGUAUAUGCUCGAAUGUACGCACGACGCUGACGAGGCUGUCGCCCUUGAGGCCUGCGAGUUCUGGCUCACCUUGGCUGAGCUGCCGAUCUGCCGUGAGGCGUUACAGCCACCUCACCUAGCACGCCUCAUUCCCGUACUUGUCCGCGGCAUGCGAUAUUCGACCCUCGACGUCAUUUUACUUAAGGGAGACGUCGACGAUGACUCAACGGUUCCCGAUCGCGAAGAAGAUAUUCGACCGCGGUUUUAUCGGGCUAAAGUGCAUGGGGGCUCUUUAUCUGGCCAAGGCGGGCCCUCUGAGACAUCAGGUCAAACGCAUGAGCAAAACGCCAAUCAAGAACAGGACAAUGAUGAUGACAAUGAUCUGGAUACAGACGAUGAUGUUUACCAAGACUGGAAUUUGCGGAAGUGUUCAGCCGCGGCGCUCGAUACAUUGGCUAAUGUGUUCCAGAACGAGUUGCUAAGCAUCUUGCUGCCCAUCCUCAAAGAGACACUGUUCCAUCCUGAAUGGGUAGUCAAGGAAAGUGGCAUCUUGACACUGGGCGCUAUCGCCGAAGGUUGUUCUCUUGGUAUGACCCCGCACCUGCCUGAACUCGUACCUUUCCUCAUCGGGCAUUGCCUGAACGACAGGAAAGCCCUAGUAAGGUCGAUCUCGUGCUGGACUCUGUCGCGCUACGCGCACUGGGUGGUCAAUCAGGAACAUACGCAAUACCUGCAGCCGCUAAUGACCGAACUCCUGAAACGUAUCCUCGAUCCGAACAAGAAAGUCCAGGAGGCGGCGUGUUCGGCAUUUGCCACCCUUGAAGAAGAGGCGUGCACGGAGCUGGUUCCCUACCUGCAGGUAAUUCUCGAGACGCUGGUCUUUGCCUUUAGCAAGUAUCAGCAUAAGAAUCUGCUGAUCCUCUAUGAUGCUAUCGGCACACUGGCCGAAUCUGUAGGCCACCAUCUGAAUCGGCAUGAGUACAUUGACAUGUUGAUGCCGCCACUCAUCCACAAGUGGAAUGCGCUAAAGGACGAUGAUAAAGACCUGUUUCCGCUACUCGAGUGCUUGUCAUCGGUCGCCACAGCACUGCAGGUGGGCUUCUUGCCCUACAGUGAGCCGGUGUUCCGCCGUUGCGUCUCACUCGUGGAGCAGACGUUGCAGCAGGCGAUGGCCCACCAGGCACACCCAGAGCAAUAUGAGCCGGCUGACAAGGAUUUCAUGAUCGUCGCACUAGAUCUACUUAGCGGCCUGGCCGAGGGUCUCGGCGAGCAUACGGGCCAACUCGUAGGCUCCUCAACUUUAAUGGCACUCCUCUACCAGUGUAUGCAAGACUCAUCUAGCGAAGUGCGACAAAGCUCGUUCGCGCUGUUAGGCGAUCUGACGAAGGCGUGCUUUCAACACGUGCGUCCAUGCGUGGCCGAGUUCAUGCCCAUUCUUGGUCACAACCUCAACCCGGACUCGCUGUCUGUCUGUAACAACGCUACGUGGGCCAUCGGCGAGAUUUCGGUGAAGCUUGGUCAAGAAACACGACCCUAUAUUCCUCUGUUCCUGAAUCAGCUCGUUGGCAUCAUCAAUAUACCAUCCACGCCCAAAACGCUGCUGGAGAACACCGCGAUCACGAUUGGUCGUCUGGGCUACGUGUGUCCUGCGGACGUAGCGCCCGUGUUGGCACAGUUCGUCAAGCCCUGGUGCAUCACCUUGCGGAAUAUACGUGACAACGACGAGAAAGAUUCGGCAUUCCGUGGUGUGUGUGCCAUGAUCGGCGCCAAUCCUGCAGGAGUAGUAAACGACUUCAUUUACUUUUGUGACGCCGUAGCAUCGUGGGUCAAUCCCCGGGACGACCUCAAGAACACUUUCGCGGAGAUACUGCAUGGAUUCAAGAACCAAGUGGGCGAAGAUGCGUGGAAUCGCUUCACGAUGCAAUUUCCUGCCCCACUGCACGAGAGGUUGCGACAGGCUUAUAUGUUAUAAGUUCUGACACCGAUAUAAGCUAAAGCACAAAACAAUAUCAGUAACAUUGCAACACCCCGAAAGCGACAAAGCGGCAUGUCAUUCAACGCCGCGACGACUGAAAAAUGAUCACUGUGUUUGUGAGUGUUGGUGUGCGUCAACGAAUUGCAUUCGCCACGAUCUGCGUGUUAUUCAGUGAGUAUGCACGGUCAAGUUAGUGGUGAGCUGUUAGACGAAGAGGAUAUUCGAUUAUGACGACUUUAAUACCAUUGAAGACCAGCCGAGUUUAGUGGGUGAACAUCGAAGAGGUGACGUGUGAUGAUAAUUAGAAGGAUAUAAGGGUGUCGUGAUAACUGAUGGAGACCAAAUUGGUUCUACAGGCCAAUUAACAGCAAACUGAUCAAGGAACAUUUACUAGUGACUGAAUACCUGGGGCCUCACAAUGCAACUUUACACUAGCAGUGCAUCUCUAUAAUGGCCUAAAUAGAAAACAAAGUUGAGUUUGGGGACGGAAAAAUGAGAUUGCCGUCAGGCUACCCGUCGUCCAGUUAAUGGUUCUCAAACCUUCUAAGCAGGUAUAGGAAAACAAAGCGACUGGCCACAAUUACUACAGGAAAAAGCAGUGAAAACGAUCUUCAGUCGCCCAAGCAACAACCAGUAAUUAAGAAAAAAACACCUAAGGGACGCAAAUAUAGUAUACGCACCGAAUCAGCCAGCAUUGGGCCAUGCGGGCGGGCAAGUGCUUAUCGAUGAUUCAGAGAGUCGCUCAAGGUGCUAUGUUGUGUGCAGAGGUGCGGGCACCUUUACUACACUAAUCGAUACCGCUUAGACACAAGUUUCAGCGAGGAGCGACUAAUUAGCACCAUUAGAGCAUACUCGAGAUCACUCGUAGAAGAGCGUGAAGUCUUGUAAAACCGAGAACCGUGAAGGUUUGAACGAAAGAGCAAAUGAGAAGAUGGCGUAGAUAUAAAUGUAUGGGGAAUCGUGACACAUACCAUCGUUAGAUACACACUCCACGGCUCCUAGGUAAAAAUCUAUCACCAUCAGUUCGCUUCGUCUAGGCAGGUAGCAACUAGCUGAAGUUUCCUGUGAACAACCGCAGAUUACAAUUUCCAUUCUAGUUGUAGACUAGUGUAGUUAGUGUACUAGCAGCAGUAAGGCAAUUAGAUAAUUGCUAAGAUCUAUAUAUCUAUUAGAUAUAUCUAGAUAUAUGGACAGGAUACCAAUAAAUAGUACUAAGUGAUAAGAAAUAAGCAGAUAAAGAUAAGGGAGUCGGAAAUGAUUUCGUUUAAACGGAGUCGGCUGUGCGUCGAAAUCGACGAAAACCGACCGUAAUGUGCUUAUCUGGGCCGAUUAUAUUCUAGAAUUGGCCAAAACUGUCUUUUUAUAUAGUGAGUUCUCAAAUGGAAUAUAUGGAAAUACAUAGAUGGCUAAUAAUGCAUAGCUGUAUGAAAAACGAUGGGGAAAAUCGUAUGGUUUAAAUGGGCCGUACAUAGCCAGUUAGCUUAGCAGAUACUAUAUAUUAAUGAAUUAAAUAAUAAUUAAGCAAGCUAAUUGUAAGUAUACGUGAUGAAAUGAUGACUUGUGGUGUAAAUGAGGAGGAGGGGCUGUGGGUUUGCCGCCUCUGGAGUUGUAAGCAACAAGAUGAUGAGUAGCGUACCGAAUGUGAUGUCUGAGGUUGGCUAAAGAAUACAAAUUCAAUGAACUAUCGAUGCCUGUUAACAGAAAGAUGACGAAGAGACCGAUAAUACUAAAGCAAAAAUAAAUAGCAGUUAUAAUUAGUCGAUCAUAAAGACGCCAGAACGUAGCGCCCCUCAACGGGAGGUUGCCGCGGUUCACGGAACGGUUUGUUUUGUACAGUAAUCGUUGAUCUUGUCGUAUCUUUCUCUCAUUUUCGUGUGGGAUGAAGCGACAAAAUAGAACUCCGCCUUCCCUACAUACACCGACACAACAACAACAACAACCACAUUAGACGACAGACAUUAAAUAGAAACUGGGCGACGCCAUCAACAGGCAGCAGUGACGUUUCAAUAAGCGUUGUAGGAUGACUAUAUUGGGAGAGUAAUCAUGUUGAUAAUAGUGGGAAAUUGAGCCCUCAGUGUAAGAAUAAGAAGAAGGCAAAGACAAGGAAGGCCUAAUGAUCUGUAUAAUGUAGUAAUUUUAUUGUUAUCAUUGUUGUAAGAAGUGAUUUCCACACAGCGAACAACGCUUCAACCAUAACGGGUGGGAGGAUACAAUAUGAUCGAACUCUUAAUAAUCAAUAACCAAAAAGCUAGCUUGGGAAGUUUUUUUAGGUUCUUUAUAUCGACGCCCUCCACUUCUGUAGAAAUAAAUCAAACAUAAACAUCGAGCAUCGAGUAAUAUGGGCAAAGUAUCGUUGUUAGAGAAGUAUGACUGCCUGCUCUUUUUUUCUGUGAGUCCACAUACGCCGUCUUUCGGAUCGAAUCUCUCCCUUCCUAUAAAUGGACAGCUAUCAUACAUCAACGUAUAAUCAGUGAGACAGAUUUCAUAGCCGGGUUUAGACACUCUCAAUUGCCGAAAUGAUCUAAUGACAGUCAUCCAAUUCAGCAGCAUUCUCUAUGAUAAUCAAAAACUGAAUAAUAACUGAUAAGAAUAAUAAUAUUGAUACAUAACUGAUAAGAAUAAUAAUAUUGAUAAUGACAAUAAUGAAGAUUAUUAUUGAAACUCAUAAGCUUUUGAAUUCCUGCGACUAGUAGCACAAGUAUUAUUCCUGUUUGGACUUGGUAAAGAGAGACAUGAGAUAUAUCCCAAUAUCCGCUCGGUCACGUAUUUGUCUGCAUGGUUGAUAAGUGGGAGCGCGGUGCGUGUGACUCGGUGUGUGUAGUAACGGGGAAAACGGGUUCUUUUUUCGAAAUGAAAAACGUGAAAAGAAUAUAAAGAAACAACAGAAAUAGUAUUUAUAUAUCAUUAAUUAUACAGACACUAUAUACUAAUAUGAUAAAAAAAAAAGUAGCAAAAAGUACGUGGUAGUAACAACAAUUGUAUAUUGUAGUGUAAUAUUUGUAUAAUAAGACGCACUCCCAAAACUUUACGUGGGAGGAAAAAUCGGACGAAGGGUGAUUGUCUACCGAAUAUUAGGUGGUAGGUAGGAAGAGAGAGGUGGCUAUUAAAUAAUCUAGACAACUGUGUAUGGAACGAAAAUGACCAUAAAGAUGUUUAAUAAUAAGAACGAAAGAUGAUUAGUACAAUUUAUAUUAGAAUCAUAAUUACUAUAUACAAUAUUAUUACAAUUUAACAACAACGAGGUGAAGACUAACGUGUCAUGUUCUUAGCGGCACGCAAUAUGCAUACUAUUGUUGCUAGUUAGCUGGCGUGCUGGCUUCUGCAUUUCGAAACAGAACACAGGCGACAGAUAAAGCUAUUGUCGAGUGAAUUUACAAUAAUAAGACUAAUGGGUGAUAAUAAUAAUAAUAAUAAUACAAAACUGUAAUUACAUUAUUAUAUGAUUAUAACUAAGGCAGAUAAUGAUAAUAAAGGACAAAUGGCAUAAGUUUGGUGGAUGCGUGGAAACAAGAGACAAGUUAGGCGGUUUCUGUCCAAGUCUAUAAUUAUAAUAAUCGUAAAUGUCUAUUACUGUGUUAAUAAAUCUACUGCUGCUGCAUCGUAUAGUGAAAAAUAUUUUUUUACUUUUGUUCAUUUUGUUUUUUGUUCAAUACGCGCUAUUGAGGAGGCCAAAAACGUAUUCAGCUUUUCCUGCUUUGCUAUAUUUCUUUAAUUUUUUUAUGUUUGUGAGCUGUUUUUUGCUGAACGUCGAUUGUCAGGUUCAGCCGUUUCGACAAAAAAUUAUCUCUGUACAUACAUACAUACAUGUAUACGCAGACGCACACUUCAGACGCAGCAUGAGUACAAUAAUAACAAAUACGACAACAUUAACCGACAACUCAAACACGCCUACCUACGCAAUCACAGCCUUUAGUCAGUUGCUGUGAGACUCGGCACUUGUAGAAGCCAAGCCCUUAAACAAAUCUUGAUAACCAUACGCCGGCAAAGGACGGUAGCAGAUAAUUUGGAUGACUUUAAAUUCAAUAAUACUACCAACAAUAACGGAUAAGAACAGUAUCAAUAAUCACGAAACAAAAGUGCGAUGUCUCACCCGACGCUACAGUAUGUGUACUUUUUACAAAGGAUUUCGAGUUGACCGAAGUAUUUUAAGUAAGGAUGUAUUUACAUACUUUCUAAAGUAUUAACAUGUUUAAAUAAGAAAGACCUAUAUAUAUGCUACCGAAUUUAACAGUGCUAGGUAAAUCAAUUAAAGCAACGAGCAAGAAGGCGAUACUGACAAAGAGAAAAAUCUAAUCGAAAUAAACGAGCAGCAAACUAUAGGGGGGCACCACAAAAUCGGAGGACAUAUUAUAUGUUCGGAGGUCAACUUGAGUAGAAACUUAAACCAGAAGAUAUGGUUAGAUAAACGUGAUCUGGGUAAAAGGAACCGUAAAUGUAUAGUUGCUUUUACACGCAUCGAAAAAUCUAUGAAAAUACCGAAGUUGUUGCGAUUAUCAAACUUCUCUAGCCUGUCCCACCGUAAGGCUGUCAAUUUCUUGAUCCGUCUGAUGCUGCGAGUAGAAAUCACAAAGAAAAUGGGUGUCCAUGUAUAAUAUACCAUACGAAUGACAACAGAUUACACAACUAGAGCUUUAAACAUCAAAUAAUGACGUUCGAUAAUCAAUUUUUUACUCAGUGCCUGCACAAUGGAAGUAAACGUUGCAAACAGAAUUGAAAACGCGACACCGCCCACAAUAUGGUAGCGAGUAACAAUUGGAAUUACAGGUUCACACUUUUCAAAACAACACCUCGACGCAUUUGCUUAAAAUUUGGUUGCCUGCCUCAAGGAGCGUCUCUUUUGUUAAUGAGACGUUAGCUUGCUAACCAUGGUUUUUCAAGCCUGCCCACCGUACAUAGCAAUCAAAUGUAACCACAACCGCAAGCAAACUUCUCAAAAUAAAGCAAAUUUUUAUUAAUUGAGUGAGUGGUCAUUUAAAGGACUUCAUCAUUUCCUCAUUCAUUGUAAUUAUUUUGUGGUUAUUUUUUGUACAUCACUAUUAUCUUUAGGCAAAAAAAAAGUUGUUCUUUGCGGCGGCAGUAGUGGUGGCUGUAAUAGACAUAAUCAAUCGUAUAGGUGAUAACGCUAACAACACGAAAAGAUGAGCCAGGUAAUAGUGAGUACCAAAGUUGUUUGAUAAUGAACCGAAUUCUGAGGCAUGCCAUGCAACACCAUCAAAAGCAUAGGCGCAUUCUUCGUUAAGGUCGAUCCAGAUUUUUCUGCAGCUAUCUCGUCGCACUGUAGUUGUCGCAGAUGUAAUGGCGCUAAGUAGUGGGCUAGAUGGAACGUAAUUAAGAUACAAGUGAUAGUUUAAUCGUAUGAUGAACGUUUCGUCUCAAGUCAAGCUAAACACUAACGUUCAGAGCCAGUCGGAUAUUAAUAGGAAUGCAGAUUUUGAUCGUGAAAAUCACUAAGGUUUUAGGCAAUCAGAACUAUUACUGUUAAUAUGAUUAUUUUGAACGCGGUUUGAAGGGAAGAUACAAGACACAGCUAUUUGUUGCUGAUGAAAGUUAGAAGACAUCGGUGGCUGUUUCUCCUAAGAACUUAUAGAAGAAGUGUAGUUUCCGGGAUGCUCUGUAGGGGGUCUAAUUCACUGGAAUAGAACUGCGGGAAAAACGGGUCCAGGGAAGGACUAGGGAUUGCUGUCUGUUGACUAGACGUCGCCUGUUCGAACCGCCGUCUCUCCGAGUUUUUUCAUCGUUCGAUGCAUAUAUGUGAUAUCGCUACAAGCAACAACGGCAACCAUGAUCAUGUAACAAACAACAAUUCUGCUAUCUA